UGUGUGUGUCAAUUUUAUUUAAUUUCUUAACCAAGCAAUGCAUUGUGUUUUCUAUCAAAAUUCAAAAAUCUAAAAUAUACAGCAACAAAAAAAAACUAUAAAUAUUCUAUAUAUUAAACAUUAACAACAAUAUGCUGCAAUACGAUCAGCCACCUGAGAAUGAGCUACAGAAAUCGCACGAUCACAAUCCGGCCGCUCUGAGCGAGCAUCAAUUGCGAGUGCAGGCAUCGCUGCAGCGCCUGAAUAUACCCGACUGGUUCCGACAAUACAAUCAAAAUGCAGCACGGUCGCCAGAUGGCGCGGGCGCCGGUGCCGGUGCCGGCAACGCUGGCCCAGCGUCCUCUGGCGGCUAUAAGCCGGGCAAUUUUACGCGCAAGCGCACACAGGAUUCGGGUCGCUGGCAGGGCCUUAACUCGAAGACGACUUCGCUCAGUUCGCUGGGUUCGCAGCGCUCUGAUCGUAGUCCCCUGCUGUUGAGUCCCUCGGCGCACAGUCACCAUGGCGGCCAGAGCAGCAGCGUCAGCGGCUCAGCGUCGGCACAUCAUCAGGCCCAUGGCCAGGGCGUCGGCGCCACACGCUGGUCCACCUCGCAUCUGAACUCCACGCAAACGUCGCCGAGCGUCUCGCAGCGCGGCAGCUUUGCCCGCGGCGCGCCCAUCAACAGCAGCUUCAUGUCGGUGGCCAGCGGCAGCAGCGCCGGCGCCCCCGGCGGUGUCCUGAGGAACUCCUAUCGCCAACCCUACUUGGGCUGGCGCAGCACUGAGAAGCUCUCACAGCGCACGCCCCACGAACGCCUGGCCAACUCGCUGCUGGCGCAACGCACAUCGCCCACAACGGCAACGCCGGCGAACGGUGUGCGAAGGCUGCAGCCCGUGACGCCGGAGAUACAGAGCUCCAUCAAGGAGGUGACCUCGGCCAUAGUGCAUUAUGUGAACGAUCAGACGCAGGCGCAGGUCCUGCAGCAGCGCAGCCGCUCGACGAGUCCCAAUUCGAGAAAGUGCUGGCUUGAGAGCAGCUUUGUUGGCACACGUCCGCUGGAUUCACCGCAAACGCCCGUCAUUGACAGCAGCAGCAGCCCGCCCGCAACCCAACACCAAUACCAAUACCAAUACCAACACCAGCAGCUACACCUGGAUGCAACAGCGGCGCUAGCCGUUGGACAGCCGCCACUACGCAUGAACGGACUUAGCCGGGUCGGCGGCGGUGGCGCGCCUGAACGUUCGCUGAGCAGCGCAUCGCUAGAAGAUGUCUUAGCCUCACUUUUAGGACUGCCAGCUACCUCCUCCAACAGCCACAACACCAACAGCAACAACAACAACAGAAAUCAAGCGGCAGCGGCGACCAAUCCCGGGUCCUCGACGACAGCAGAUUCAGCUAGUCGCUGUCAGCAGCUAGAGGUGCUGACGGCAGCGGAGCAGCAGCUACUGCGCCGACGCAGCGAGGGUGACGCGCCCAGCCAGAAGCAGAAGCAGCUUAAUCAGUCACAGUCCCAAUCCCAAACACAAACCCAAACCCAAACCCAAUCUCAGAGCCAGUCGCAGACCCAGUCUCAAUCACAGUCACAGGCGCAGGGCCAGAGCAAUGCCAGCAAUCGGCGCGUAUCGCUGGGCGACUCCAACAGCCACGCCAACACGGCGGACAAGGGCAACAGCAGCAGCAUCAACAAUGGCGGCAGCUAUGGAGCUGCCGGCGAGCAACAGCUGCAGAUCAGGUGUCGGAACACCAAGUGCGAGGCCAGCGCCACGCCCGCCGAUGCCAAGAAGCUGUACAAGUCAUGCCACAAUUGUACCCAUUUAUAUUGUUCACGUGAGUGUAGGCGCGCCCACUGGGAGAAGCAUCGGAAGGCCUGCCUGCAUUCGCGCGCCUCGAAUCUGUGCCGCCAGGUGUUAGCCACCUGCAAGGAUGACGUCGACUCACAGCGCCAUCUCAGCCUGUUGGCCCGCAAGGGCAGCCUCUCGCAGGGCCGUGGCGUGGUCCGUGUGCUCUUCCGUAGCGCCGAGGCCGCCGAAGGCUUCAUUAAGCAUGGAUUUCAGUGCAUGGGCGAGGCCUCCUAUGUACGCUGGCCAGAUCUGAUGCCGGCCGAAAUGGGUCUGGAACUCUACUCGGAGCUGCUGAAACUAAGCACUGAAUACAAGCCCGAGUCCAAGAUGCUCAUUUACGUGGCCAUUUGCGUCGUCUCCGAGGCACCGGGCAUGGGUCAGGCACCGGUGCGCUGGGAGCGCCAGCUAGUCUCACGCUGCGCCAAGCUGAAGCUGUGCAAGACCGUGCUCGCCGAGCUGGAGCUGCAGCAGCAAGCCCUACAGCAGCCACUCGCCGUUAUGGCCGUGCCGGAGCGCACCGAGAUACUCAUACUCACCUUCAAUCCGGGAUUACGAACCGCGCCCGGCAAUCGGGAGCUUAUAUUGUCCAACAUUUUGGACAUACUCUCACGACGCGGAGUGCUGCUGCGCAAACACUAUCCAGAGAUCUAUCAGCGCCUGCAGACCUACACGGACGGCCAGACGGACAAGUUCAAUCCGGUUACGCUGCACCCGCGCGACUCCCAGACGGGCCAGAGCUUCGUGUGCAUCAUCAUGCCCGUGCACACGGACAGCGAGUUCAUCAAACUGCCAUCGGCGGCGGAUGGUGGCGGGAACCGUGUGACCACCAUCGAUGUGGGCUCACCGGCUGCCCUCGCCCAGCUGGACGAUGAUGAGCUCCUCACGCGCACCACACCAGCGAGUUGAUUGAAGGCGACAAGCAACACCAGCAGCAGCAGCACCUGCAGCAGGCAGAGGCGUAGCGGUAGUGGUGGCAGCAGCGGCAUUGCCACGCCCCCGCAUACCCUGCACGCAUAUAACGAUGCCCUGGGCUGUGGCCUGGAGAGCACGCGCAUGUGAGCAACAGCAACAACUCGACCGCUUCCAGAUCUUGCUCUUGAUUAAUAUUUAAGUCUCUCUAACAAGUUGCUUCAAUUGUUCUGUACGCUAAAUAUUCAUGUUAGUUAGUCGGCUCUGUCUUCUGUUAAUACAAGCUAGUUAGCUAGUUAGCUAUAUCAGUAGUGCCCCGCCCCCUUCCCCCCACAAAAAAAAAAAAACACUCGUUGUAUGGAACACCAAGAAUUUUAUCUGGACAGACCUUGCUGAAACUCUUCAAAUUAUUGAAAACUAUAAUUUGGAGGGAAGACUAAAACAAAAAAAACCAAACUUCUAACUUUGAAUACUAACGAUAAUAAGUCAAGCUUUACUAACAUACAUUAUCUCUGAGCUUACAAGUGGCAGCGUUUUCAAGUGACACAUGCGAAAGCUACACGCUAUAGUAUAACUGAAAGGUAAGGCAAACACAGUGGGAUCCAUAAUGAAAUGGAUUUCACUGCAAGUACCCUCAG